CCCGAUGCGCAUGCGCGUGAAGGGGAUUUCCGAGUCAGCCUGCGGUACCGGAUGUUUGUUUACGUGGUGCUGUGCGGCUCGAUGCGGGAAAACAGUGCUGUCUUGAAAAUUAACUGGUGUAUUUGAUGUAUUAACUGAUGCAUUCCAGCACGGGAUUAACAGGGAUUUGUGUGGUGCUCUUAUUUUUGACCGAAAUUAAAGCCAUAAGGGUCAUUGGUCAGGAUGUGACUGUGGCAGCAGGAGAUGAUGCACAUUUAUUUUGUCAACUAGUGGAGACGAGAGAGCCUCUAACAAGUAUUACAUGGCAAAGACGAACAAAGGAAAAGCCAGCAAACACAGAUUUUGUGGUUAUCACUUCAGAUGGCAAAGAGGGACAUAUAAAUGGAUUGAGGGACAGAGUAAAAUUCACAGGUAACAUCUCGCGACUCAGCGGCUCAAUUCUUCUAAGUAAAGUUACUGCUUUAGAUGAAGGAAUCUACACCUGCAUCAUCAGCGUAUUUCCAAGUGGACCGUAUAAAACAGAAAUUCGUCUCACAGUACUAGUUCCUCCUGUUGUCAGUGUGAGCAUGGAUGUGCCUCCUGUUGCUGGUGACGCUGAGGCGAUUUUAGCAACCUGCACUGCAGCCAAUGGAAAGCCUGCAGCAGAAGUGUUGUGGAGUCUGGGUGCUUUAAGUGACUCUGUCAAAGUACAAAGUAAUGUCACUGUGGACUCUGAAGGAAGAUCCACUGUUAAAAGGAGCCUGAUUGGUGUAGCAUCCAAAGAUCUAAACCAGAAGAAGGUUCAGUGUUUGGUCACACACCCUGGCCUAAAGGGGAAACUGGAACUGAAUUACACAUUGAUCAUUCACUAUCCUCCUGAGGUGGUUUAUAUUAAUUCAACAGGUGAUCAAGGGAAAGCACAUGAAUAUCAGUGUGAAGCAGACGCUAAUCCAAAACCAACAAACUUCAUCUGGAGCAGACACUUUCCAGUGAAGGAGCCUCUUUCCAGCAGUGCUAAUAGCAGACAGAUUAUUCAGCUGACCCCUGACAGUAACGGCGUUUACUACUGUGUGGUGUCUAACCAAUACGGGAAAGCUGUAGGGUCCCUCUACGUGCAUGCUGCAUAUACAGAAUCCACAGCUUGCUGGACUCUGUUCAUCAUAGCCCUCUUUGCUGGUGUUUGUGGUUUUCUCAUUUGGAAAUUUAAUUUGCAUCAACACAUUACAAAAAGACUGCGGUGUAUUAGUCGUGAUCCUGUGCCCACUGUAUCUUCAGACCAGGACGAGGAGAGUUGAUGUGUGGGUGGUUCAGACCUCUCUACUGGGACCAUACCUUGCCGUGGUGGAGGGGCUUAUUCUUCUUACAGUCUCCUUCUUUCCAGGAACUUAAGAGGAAACCAAAUGGUCCCAUAGGUUUUGUAACAUAACGAUCCAGUUUGGGUCUCCCUCUCACCACAUAUUAUUAUUAAAGGUGGCCAUAACAUCAUACGGUCUCUUUUCAUGAACAUGAUUUCCAACAGAACUACAAGCAGCUCUUAAAAAUCCCUGCAAUGAGAGGAUGACACCCAGGCAUCAGAACUAAGAGGACAUCACCAACAUCACUUUGUGUGCUUGGGGUGGGGUUGAAGUCUUUUUUUUUUUUUUUUUUUUUUUUUGUAAAAGUCAAUUCAAACUUUUUUGUCCCUGUAAUCAACUAGCUUUUUGUCCUUGUCAUUAUCGCUUUGUUGAUUUGCUGUUUCAGGUUGUCUAAAUCUGAAUGAAAUUGCUAUGUUUGGUUUGUAUGCUA